GCUCCAGCGCACGCCUCUCAAAACUGAGAGAAGAUGGUGACGCGUUGACGCGUCAACGUCGCGUCGACGUGAAAAUCGGCGCCAUGGAGCCGGUCGACUUGCCCCCGCUGCGGUUUCCGCUGCGGGAGGCGCUGCUCUCGUUGCAGCAGAGCGCCCAAGGCCCGCCCUCCGUGCGCACGGCGCUGGCGGAGUCUGCGUCCCUGGGGUCGCUGGGGCCAUACAAGGUUUCCAGCACGGAGAAGAGCCGGGCUUUGAAGAAGAUUGGGCGCCUGAAGCGCCGCGGGGAGCAUCUGGGCCGCGGCUAUGCAGAGGAGCGGCCGCUGAGCACCCCGCGGCCCGCGGAAAGGCCCAAGACGGUGCCCAAGAGCGUGCCCUCCGCAGUGAGCCGCAACAAGCUGGAGAUGGUGAGGUUUGCGCAGGAUGCCGCAUCGAUUACCUGGCCCAUGGAGAAAUCCAUUUCGGCGCCCAAUUUGAAUAGCCCUGCCCACGAGGUCUCCUUAGGUGACAUCCCCCAGACCUGGACUUCUGCGGCCCGCGCGGUGCUUGGGCACGGCCGGCGCCAUGCCACCCAGCCCUCGAACGAGGAGCCCCCGCCCGCAGGUCUCUCGCGCGACUCCUCGUGGUGCGGGGCAUCGUUGGCCACGUUGCCGGGACUGCCAAAGGUGGUGAAAGACUGGGCGAUCACCGGCCUAGAGUUCACCGACGGAGGCCUGGGCAUCGGAUCUCGGGACAACCCGGAGGUGACGAAUCUGGUGAAGCGCUCUCCAGGCUUCAACUAUGACGUGAAGAGUGGGAACGUGGGACUUUGGAACCCCCACGCCUCGCUGCCCACCAAGCAGCCACUGUCUCAGCACUUCUCCGCCGCCUCUGCGCGCAUGGGCGCCCGCCGUGAUGUGCAGAAGCGCUAUGAGCGUCGCCCAGGCCCCGGCUACUACGACGUUCCUGGCUUCACCGACGAGCUGCUCAGGAAGAUCGCCAAGCGACCUGGCUACUCCCCAUGGACUGAGCAGCUGAAAUCGGCGAAGCACUCAAAGUGAAACCAGCCGCUUGUUAGGGCAAUGCUGGUUCUGGGUUAGCGUUUGGGACCAUCUUACAUCCUUGCC